AUGCCGUCAAAAUCAGCUGUCACCUCUAAGAUGGCAUUCUUAACUAUGCUUCCAUGUGUGAUUGUGAUUACACUGUUCUGUUUGGCUGUUCCAUUAACCAUGAUCACGAUCGGAAUAACCAAAAUGGACGAUUGCGAAGCUGAUCCAAGAAUCCCAAUUUGGAUGAUUGUAAUUGCUGUUCGAGAGACUCAAUUUUCGGAAGAUGGAGGCAAUGAUACUCUAGUUGACUGGAAAAACAGAAGAAAGAACAAUAAGUCGACUCUUUUCGCUUUCUUGGGAUCCUUCGUCCGAUUGAUUCAAUUUGUCGCGUUCGUUGUCGGAUGCUUCUGGGUAUUCGGAAUCUAUUCUGACAGUGACCGUUGCAAUGGAUACGUUUUCUGGACUUCUUACUUCUAUUGUCUUAUCUCAAUCAUCUUCUACAUUGUCGGUGCUUGUGUCUUGGGAUGUGUCUGCUGCUGUAUAGCUGUGCUGUCAUCUGAUUAG